CAUUACCUGACGUGCUUCAGUGGUACAGUGGCUGUGCCGUUUCUUCUGGCUGAGGCCAUGUGUGUUGGUGGAGACCAAAACACCAUCAGUCAGCUGAUUGGAACCAUUUUCACUACUGUUGGCAUCACGACUCUCAUCCAGACCACCGUGGGUGUCAGACUUCCUCUCUUUCAGGCAAGUGCGUUUGCGUUCCUCAUUCCUGCUCAGGCAAUCCUCAGUCUGGACAGGUGGAGGUGUCCCAGUGAAGAGGAGAUUUAUGGGAACUGGAGUCUUCCCCUGAACACCUCACACAUCUGGAAGCCUCGAAUCAGAGAGAUUCAGGGUGCCAUCAUUAUGUCCAGCCUGGUGGAGCUCGUGAUUGGUCUGUGUGGGUUACCUGGGUUACUGCUGGAGUACAUCGGCCCGCUCACCAUCACGCCGACCAUCUCACUGAUCGGCCUCUCAGUCUUCACAACUGCUGGAGACCGAGCUGGGUCCCACUGGGGCCUCUCAGCACUGUGUAUUUUGCUGAUGGUGCUGUUUGCUCAGUACCUAAGGGCGACAUCACUUCCUGUUCCUGUGUAUAGCAGGAAGAAAGGCCUGAGGGCCACCAGAGUGCAGAUCUUCAAGAUGUUUCCUAUCAUCCUUGCCAUCAUGUUGGUGUGGUUCGUCUGUUAUGUCCUCACUCUGACCGACCUGUUGCCAAGAGACCCUGAUCGCUAUGGACACAAAGGUCGCACUGAUGCCCGAGGGGACAUCAUGACACUGUCGCCCUGGUUCAGGAUGCCUUACCCAUGCCAGUGGGGGUUGCCUGUGAUAACGGUUGCUGGGGUGUUGGGCAUGCUGAGUGCGACGAUGGCGGGCAUCGUGGAGUCAAUCGGAGAUUACUAUGCUUGUGCUCGCCUGUCUGGAGCCACGCCCCCUCCGAUCCAUGCAAUCAACAGGGGGAUUUUCAUAGAGGGCGUGUGCUGCAUCAUUGCAGGUCUGUUGGGGACAGGAAACGGCUCCACCUCCUCCAGUCCAAAUAUAGGUGUCCUCGGCAUCACCAAGGUGGGUAGCAGGCGGGUGGUGCAGUACGGUGCCGGCAUCAUGUUUGUCCUGGGAACCGUCGGCAAGUUCACAGCUCUGUUUGCCUCGCUGCCCGACCCGAUCCUGGGAGGAAUGUUCUGCACGCUCUUCGGUAUGAUAACAGCUGUCGGCCUGUCAAACCUGCAGCUGGUCGAUUUAAACUCGUCCAGAAAUCUGUUUGUUCUUGGGUUCUCCAUGUUCUUUGGUCUGACACUGCCGACGUACCUGGACACGCAUCCCAACUCCAUUCAGACAGGUCUUUCUGAGCUGGAUCAGAUCCUCACCGUUCUUCUCUCCACUGAGAUGUUUGUUGGAGGUUUUCUGGCGUUCUGUCUUGAUAACACAAUCCCCG